AUGGAACGCCCGACGAUCAUGCUCGCGCUUCCCCCCACGUGCUGCAACGACGACCAGACAGUCUGGUUUGCCCUCGUCGGCGUUUAUAUCGUGCUGCUGCUCAAACUGUGGCACGCGCCCGUCAUCUACCCGUUCAAGCUCCUCGCCUACUUCACCCACGAGCUCCUUCGAUGCAUCGGCGUCGUCCUCUCGUGCGGCAAGCUGGAAGGCAUGGCCAUUCAUCCCGAAGAAGGCUCUGAGACGCACUUUGAGCUCGGGUCGCCCGGCUUUGUCCUGUGGCUGGGCUACCUCGGGACCAUGGGGUGGGGACUGGUGCAAAUGUGUGCGAGCCUCCACUACUUCCCGACGGUUGUCUGCACAAGCGUGACCCUCGGUCUGCUCGUGUGCUUCUUCCUCUGUGCCGACACGCGCUAUCUCCGGCUCGUCACAGCGCUUUCGUUCACCGUUCUCGUGGCACUGCUGGCCUAUGCGCUCAGCACCCACUCGACCGACAUGCUGCGCUUCGUCGUGCUGCUCUCCGGCGUCAACCACGCACUCUUCUUCUUCUUGGACGCCGCCGACGACCUCCGCGUGCACCCCAGCGACAGCUACCAAAUGCUCACGCUGUACGGCAGCACCGCCCUCGUCGUUGCGGGGCUCUUGCAAGCAGCCCUCUUCAUCGCCGCCGUCGCAUGGAACCUCGUUGCGCUCGAUAGCGCGAUGCCGGUUUCGCUCGACACGAUGGCCACGUCCACCCAAGUGGCUUGCGUUUGCUUUCUUAUUGCGCUCACCGUCGCUGUGAGCCACUCGCUCUACCGACAGCAGUGCGCCCUGCGGCGGCCCGAGUUGGUCGUCUUGGAGGAUGACGACGACAAGCUCGUUUAG